AUGGCACCUUCCGGGAGCUAUCGGUACACCUGCUCAUCGGACGGAGCCCUAAUUGCGUGCACCGUACCUUCAUUAGACGAAAACGUAUCUUCUGCGUGUUUAACCGGUACAUCAGUGGGCUACAAUGAACGAUGCAGUUUCUCUUGUCCAACUGGCUAUAACCUAAUUGGUGCGUCGACUGUUACCUGCACGAGCUCAGGAAAUUUCUCGGAACCGUUUCCUGAAUGUGUGGUAAGCUACAAUCGACAGUGCUACUUCGUUUGUCAGACUGGCUUUAGCCUAACGGGUCCACCGUCUGUUACCUGCACCGAUUCAGAAAGUUUCUCGCAAAUGUUUCCUCGUUGUGAGGAUAACCCAGUGACGUGCAUCGUACCUUCAUUAGAAGAAAAUGUAUUUUCUUCUUGUUCACCCUGUACAUCAGUAAGCUACGAUGACAUAUGCAGCUUCUCUUGUGCGACUGGCUAUAACCUAAUUGGUGCUUCGAAUGUUACCUGCACGAGCUCAGGAAGUUUCUCGGAACCGUUUCCUCGUUGUGAGGCAUUGGCCUACGAGUUCAAUGCGCUUGUCCAAAUCCUUUCUGGUCGACGGAAACGGGCAGCUGUUCCCAUUGGGUCACCAGAGGUACAGAACCUGCUGGAUUCAAUAGUACUGUGUAAACCAGAAUCGGUCAUGAUCGGUUAG